AUUGUAAAACGAAAUCAAAAUAAUAACAAACCAGAUAAAGUUAUAGAUUGGAAAAAUCGAAAAUUAAUCGAUCAGUCUAGACGAGAAGCAGAACUGCCCUUCGUACUGCACACAGUCAAACUCGACCGAUCACUUGAAUUGAGUGGUUAUCGCAUAAAACCCGCAGUGGCAUCCGCUAGUCGAAAUCAACUUUCGUUUGAUGAGAUAGGCCAGCUCAGUUUGGAAAGUGCCUCAGGUGUCAGCACCACUGGAAUUUCUUCCAACGCGAACACUUCGAACGACUCUCAGGCCUUAUCGCAAGUUAUUUGCUGUACCGGAAGGGGCAGAGUGGUAACGAAUUGUAAAAGUUCGGCUGUGGUAAACAACAAACGAGACCACAAAAUGUUGGACUUAGCCAACAGACCGAUGCCGAAUCAAAUCGGAUACCUGAUUAUGUCCGACAAUGGGGCCGUGCUCGCUUCGGGUGGCGAGAUGGAGAACGACGAAAGGAGUGCCAAUAUUAUCAGUGAACUAUUGACACUAACGGAAAGUGUUGAUCCUGAUGUAUUCAAAAAGCGCUCUUGCAAAAAAAUUUCCAUUGUGUACGAAGAGUACAGUUACACGAUUUGUCUUUCCAACAAAAAGAUAUACGUUGUUAAGCGUCAAAACCCAACAGGGGCAACCGGAGAAGCCGGAGCACUAGACACCAGAACGAUUCUGGCAUAAAGAAUACGUUAAGCGAUUUUUUUGAAGCGAUUGAUGUAAAUAUACAAGAAAUUCUCGAGCGGCAAAA